GCGGAGCCGGUGGGCGCGGGUGCCGCGUGGCAAAUGCAAGAGGGCUGGGUUGUCUGUUGUGCGUGUGUGCCCGAAUAUCCACGCUUUCUCUGCUGCCCUACAGAGCCGGCGUCAGCUGUGAAGGUUGUGGGUCGUGGACCUCCAGACAUGAGCGUAGGCUUCAUCGGGGCAGGGCAGCUAGCCUUUGCUCUAGCCAAGGGCUUCACAGCUGCAGGUGUUCUGGCUGCACACAAGAUAAUGGCCAGCUCCCCAGACAUGGACCAAGCUACAGUCUCGGCCCUCCGGAAGAUAGGGGUGAACCUGACACCCCACAACAAAGAGACUGUGCGCCACAGUGACGUGCUCUUUCUGGCUGUGAAGCCACACAUCAUCCCCUUCAUCCUGGAUGAAAUUGGGGCUAACAUUGAGGACAGGCACAUUGUGGUGUCUUGUGCGGCAGGUGUCACCAUCAACUCCAUCGAAAAGAAGCUGACAGCGUUCCAACCUGCCCCCAAAGUCAUCCGAUGUAUGACUAACACCCCGGUCGUGGUACGGGAGGGGGUCACUGUGUAUGCCACAGGUACUCACGCUCAGGUGGAAGAUGGCAGGCUUGUGGAGCAGCUCAUGGGCAGCGUGGGCUUCUGCACAGAGGUGGAGGAAGAUCUGAUCGAUGCUGUCACGGGGCUCAGUGGCAGCGGCCCUGCCUAUGCUUUCACAGCCCUGGAUGCUCUGGCUGACGGUGGUGUGAAAAUGGGGCUUCCCAGACGCCUGGCAGUCCGCCUCGGGGCCCAGGCCCUCCUGGGGGCAGCCAAGAUGCUACUAGACUCAGAACAGCAUCCCAGCCAGCUCAAGGACAAUGUCUGCUCUCCGGGUGGGGCCACCAUCCAUGCCUUGCAUGUGCUAGAGAGCGGGGGCUUUCGCUCCCUGCUUAUCAACGCUGUGGAAGCCUCCUGCAUCCGUACACGGGAGCUGCAGACCAUGGCUGACCAGGAGACCAUCUCUCCUGCUGCCAUAAAGAAGACUGUACUGGACAAGGUGAAGCUGGACUCCUCUGCUGGGGCCUCUCUGUCUUCUGGCCAUGUCAAGCCGCUGCCCUGAAACCUGGUCCCAGCAGGCAAGGAAUGAUUUGUCUGCCAGCCUUCCUCCUGUUCCCUAUUUUCUUUUCCUCUCCUCUCCUCUCCUCUCCUCUCCUCUCCUCUCCAGCAGGGUUUUACAGUGUACUCCAGGUUAGCUCUGAACUAUUCACCGCCCACCCUUGUCUCCCAAGUGCUGGGAUCAUGGAUAAGUGUUAGCAUGCCAGCCUCCUCUUCUCUUCUAAGACAGUGACUUGAUGUUGCCCAGACAAGACUUGAACUUACAGGCUCAGGGCAUACUCUGAUUUCAAUUCCCGUUAGGUACACAACACCUGAGAGACUCAGUUCUUCUCUUUCUUCUUUCCUUGCUUGAAGCUUCUGUCCCAACGCUCUCAAACAACACAGAAUAUCCCCAUAGCAGGCCCUUGCCCACAGCCAGGUCAGCAAGGAAGGGGAUAUCACUUACAACUGGGGACCUCCAUUGAUACUCAAGUGCCAGCUGGACACUAGGUGGGUUCUCAGACCUCCCCCUCUUCAGCAUCCUCUGGAGCUCAGGCCUGUGGGGUCUUUACUCUCCCUAGUUUCAGGGUCAGCUAGCUGGUUAGCCAUGGCCUCUCCCUUUCUGUGAUGACAAGCUGGCCCAAGACAUCGUGUACCUCCUUCUAGGGACUUAACACUUUAGCAAUGAUUCCCUAGGCACUGGGAAAAAGAACUUCUCGGGUAGCUGACGAGACUCCUGCCUCUUCCCCAACUCUCCAAACUGCUACUGCUCUUCCUAUCCUUUCAGUUGAAUAAAAAAAAAGAAAAAAAAAAUCCCCCA